GGGCUUGCCCACAUGCUCAUUUGCCCUUUUUAGCUCCAGCCCCACCCCACAGCCUCCAGCAGCUGGAUUCCUGGUACCUCCAAAUAUCAGGAUCUACCACCUGCUACACGCUCAGCAAUUUCUGCAAAGGCCCUUACACCGAACGCUCUCACCCCGGCUUCCGUCUCGUUUAGCCCAUUUUCCUUCCUGCCUUCCUGACAGCUCUCAAUCUCCCUCCUUCCUCUCCUCCUUCCCAGACUCCCUGUUUCCCCUCCUUCCUCUUACUUCUCUUCCCCUUUCCUCCCCUCUUCCCACUUCUCUUCUUUUCUCCCCAUUCUCUUCCUUUCUCAUCUCUCCCACACUUCCUUCCUUGCUCUCGUGUCUUUAUCUCCCAGCUCUGUCUUUUACCCUCUGCAUCUCUCUCCUCUCUUGCUCCCUCCUGGGGAGUUCCAGAAACAUACCCAUAUAUGGCCUCCAUGUCAAGGAUCACAAGUGAUGAUGUCACUGGAGGGCCAAAGCUCCGAGAUGCUCUCCGAAGUGAAGUCCGUAAUUGACGCGCCCUGGAGGAACCAGGAUCGCGGCUUCCUCAGAGCAAUCUUUAAACAGGAAAUCUGAGAUUCACAACAUCUUAUAGUUUGGCUUGCCAUCAUUGGUCAUGCGGUGGGCCCGAAAUAAACUCCCUGCUUCAAAGGAGAGCGUUUCAGAACUGCCUGGCAGAGCAGCAAGAAGCCCAGGGCCAGGGCAGAAGGCAAACUCAGGGAGCAUGUUCUGAAUUAAGACACUCUCAAGAAAAAUCCUUUUUAUUACCCCUGAACUGUACCCUUGUUUCAGAGCCUAACAGAGCUUUCUGAGUUGAUGCUUGCCCCUCCCCACUGAGAGUCUUCUGGAGGCUGAGGGUGAGAGGUGGAAGAGGAUGGCCACGGAGAUCAGUGCUCGGGGCCAACAGCGUGCUAUUGGGCAAGAGGAGUACAACCUGUAUAGCAGCAUGAGCGAGGACGAGCUGGUCCAGAUGGCCAUUGAGCAGAGCCUGGCUGACAAGACGCGGGGCUCAACCGCUGAGGCCGCUGUGUCCACACGUGUCAACCGCGAACCUGCCCAUUUCUACCCAUGGACCAGGUCUGCUGUGUCUCCUGAGAGCGCCCCGACCUCAGCCCCCAAGGGCCUGUUCCAGGAGGUUAUGCAGAAAUACAACCGCAGCAAGUCCUCCCAGCUGGCGCCCGUGGACCCUGUGCUAAAGGCCAUCAAGGAAGGCGAUGAGGAGGCCUUGAAGGCUAUGAUCAAGGCGGGGAAGAACCUCGCAGAGCCCAACAAGGAGGGCUGGCUGCCGCUGCACGAGGCGGCUUACUAUGGCCAGCUGGGCUGCCUGAAGACCCUGCAUCACGCAUACCCGGCAGUCAUCGACCAGCGCACCCUGCAGGAGGAAACGGCCCUUUACCUGGCGACGUGCAGGGGACACCUGGACUGCCUCCAAUCCCUGCUCCAGGCUGGGGCUGAGCCUGACAUCUCCAACAAGUCCCGAGAGACCCCACUCUACAAAGCCUGUGAGCGCAAGAACGUGGAGGCCGUGAGAAUUCUGGUGCAGUACAAAGCGGACACUAACCAUCGCUGUAACCGAGGCUGGACGGCUCUGCACGAGUCUGUUGCUCGCAAUGACCUCGAGGUCAUGGAGAUCCUGGUGAGCGGAGGUGCUAAGGUGGAAGCCAAGAACACCUAUGGCAUCACCCCCUUGUUCGUGGCUGCGCAGAGUGGGCAGCUGGAGGCACUGAGGUUCCUGGCCAAACACGGCGCUGACAUCAACACACAGGCCAGCGACAGCGCGUCUGCCCUCUACGAGGCUUGCAAGAACGGGCACGAGGAGGUGGUGGAGUUCCUGCUGUCGCAGGGCGCCGACGCCAACAAGACCAACAAGGAUGGCAUGCUCCCACUGCACAUCGCCUCCAAGAAGGGCAACUACAGGAUCGUGCAGAUGCUGCUGCCGGUGACCAGCCGCACGCGCGUGCGCCGCAGCGGCAUCAGCCCGCUGCACCUGGCGGCCGAGCGCAACAACGACGAGGUGCUCGAGGCCCUGCUGAGCGCGCGCUUCGACGUGAACGCGCCGCUGGCCCCCGAGCGCGCGCGCCUCUACGAGGACCGGCGCAGCUCGGCGCUCUACUUCGCGGUGGUCAACAACAACGUGUACGCCACCGAGCUGCUGCUGCUCGCCGGCGCCGACCCCAACCGCGACGUCAUCAACCCCCUGCUGGUGGCCAUCCGCCACGGCUGCCUGCGCACCAUGCAGCUGCUGCUGGACCAUGGCGCCAACAUCGACGCCUACAUCGCCACGCACCCCACCGCCUUCCCCGCCACCAUCAUGUUCGCCAUGAAGUGCCUGUCGCUGCUCAAGUUCCUCAUGGACCUCGGCUGCAACGGCGAGCCCUGCUUCUCGUGCUUGUACGGCAACGGCCCGCACCCGCCCGCCCCGUCGCCCUCCAACAGGUUCAACGACGCGCCCGCCUCGGACAAGGCGCCCAGCGUGGUUCAGUUCUGCGAGAUCCUGUCUGCCCCGGAGGUGAGCCGCUGGGCAGGGCCCAUCAUUGAUGUCCUCCUGGACUACGUGGGCAACGUGCAGCUCUGCUCCCGGCUGAAGGAGCACAUCGACAGCUUCGAGGACUGGGCUGUCAUCAAGGAGAAAGCAGAACCUCCAAGACCUCUGGCUCACCUUUGCCGGCUGCAAGUUAGAAAGGCCAUUGGGAAAUACCGUAUAAAACUCCUGGACACGUUGCCACUCCCAGGCAGGCUGAUUAGAUACCUGAAAUAUGAGAACACCCAGUAACCAGAGCGCGUGGGGAAGGAGUGGCUCCUGAGACUGUUUCACUGAGUGUCAGGACAGCAGUGUCUCCAAAUCCAAGGGGACCUGGUGACAGACGAGGCUGUGGGCUGCUUCCCUCUCAGCUGGGGCAGUGCCGUGACCGCACCGGUCUCUGGGCCAGAGCUUUGCCCAGAGCAGAGGACAGAAUGUGUCGAGUAGGAGAAGAACCGUGUUUGUUUUCAAAUGGAUGAGGAGAUCCCAGACCUUCUCUGCCAUCGGGAAUGUCAGAAAACUCCAUUCCUGGGGCUGGGAGACGGGGACAAGGCAGAACUUCGGGUGGUCUGGGCAAGGCGGGGGCCAGCAGGGAAGCCCUGGCCCCAGUCCGGGCUGUGGCUGGAGAGCUUUCAGGGGUGAGUCUGUCUUCCCCAGCAGCCUCGCUGCAGAGUGUCCCUGUGCCCGUGCCCCUUUGCUCUGUGAAACUCUCCACUUGACUCUGAGCUCUCUCCCCAAAGGUGUGGCCUGGGGGAGUAGGGUGGGGAGACUUCGGUCCUAGAGGGCUUCCUUAGGUACAAUAAAUGUUGCACAGA